AUGGCCGAUGAACUGGUUGAACAUGCUACAAGUCGUUUUCCGUUUUGUGCGGGAAUUUUCAACCGGUAAGAACUGUUCUUAGUAAUAGAUAAGUUAAUAGUACCUAGUAACCGACCUUUAUGCUCAAUAAAAUUUGAAACUGGGUUAUUUGUGUGACCAAAGGAUCAAUAGUAAUUAACCUUACAUAACUUCAAGUCAUCACAAAAACUGAGCUGACUUGAGCUUAAACUUAGCAGUGAGGCAGUGUGUAAUUUGGUCUUAUUUAUUAAGCCAAAGCUUGAACAUUGUAUCAAAAGAGAAUAAAUUAUGUAUCACAAAUAAAUAAGUAAAAGAUAUAAAUGGAAAUGAUAAAUGCUUUAAUGGUAGCACAUUCAUAGAGUGAAAUCGGAAAAUUAUGUUAGUUUUCGUGCAACUGGGAGAACUGUGAGGUACCUGGUGAAAAUUAAACCUCUUGGAGCAAGAUUCACCUAGUGAAUUAACUUAAGACCCUGCAAAAUGACAUCAGGUGAAUUAACUUUCAGGUAUUAAUAAUCACAAUUCUAUAUCAAUAAAUUGUAUUUUUUAUAACUUUCAGGAAAUUCCUUGUUAUCCUUGCCCUUGGUCAGCUUCUUUCUUGGUUUGUCUGUGGAACUGGUGUAUUCAGUCAGCUGUUGGUCACUAAUUAUGGCAUUGAGAUUCCAACAACACAAAGUUUUCUAAAUUAUUUAUUAUUGGGACUCAUUUACACAACAGCGCUAGCUUGUAAUCCAAAUGAUUUUAAAGGGAAACUCAAAGAAAGAGGAUUGAAAUACUUUUUUUUAGCACUUUUUGAUGUUGAAGCCAAUUAUCUGGUAGUGAAAGCUUAUCAGUACACAAACCUUACAAGCAUCCAGGUGAGUGCAGAUAUUUAAUCGAAAGUGAGCGGAAACGUCUUUUGAAUGAGAGAUGAAAACUGCAAGACUGUAAACAAACAAACGAACAAAAACUGAAAUGAGGAAACUGCAUGCAUUUUGUAAAUAUCAGAUGCGAAAACUGAAAAACCAGCGACUUCAAAAAAUAGAAAUGAGAAAUUUUGCUCACACUCUCAAAAGAGCUUACCCAAAUUUUUGUAACUGUUUAACCUUAUAGAAAAAUGUUAACUUUUCAUGAAAAAACAAAACUGGAAACAGAAGCAAAUAUAGAAGGUCCUGAAAAAAUAAACCUUCGCAUAUAAAAACUGACAGCUGCUUGCAACUAGAAAACUGAUCAAAAAAGUCCCAAAUGAUAAAAUCGGACGCCUCUGAGUAAUCCUGUUAACAUCUUUGCUCAGUAGCCUCUUUAAUUUGGGGUUUCUGAGACCAUUACCCUCUUCCAGCCAUCAGAAUCUCACACUUGGUUAAUAUGGAUUUAUUUUAUUUUAAAUAUGGAUAAUCCGACAGAUGACAGUCAUCUAUGGGUAAAGCUUAGUUCUUCAAUAACUAGCGACAGCAUUCUGCCGUGCAGCAUUUAGCUUAGUGAGAGUUAGAAAGCUCUGGCUGACCUGUUUAUCUUUAGUGUGUUACAUGAUUCUUGGGUGGAUUGUUCUGUGGUUCAGUUGAACCCCCUAAGGUGAAACUGACAACAUCUUAAAAGUGCAGUCACAACAAAAACUUCCAUCAGUGGUAAAAAAAACUAAAUGACACAAAAAUUCACUUGACGUUCAGCGAUCAAAAAAGUUCAAUUUCGCCUUCAGCAUGCUAGCUAGUACUAAAAUGUUAAAAUUUUUAGUUGAACAUGCCUAAACAACCUCGCCAUUGGGGUUCUCUCCUAUACUUGUGUUGUCUCUAUUCUCUUCGCUGGCGGACAAGAAGGAGACAUCCCGUGGGAAUGAUGUUGUACACCUGAAGGCCUCCUUCCAAUAAUCAUUUAUUUGAACCCCUUCAAAAAUAAUCCUGGACCCAUUCCAGAUGAUUUAGGCUCUGAUUUAAAAGGGGUUCUUUCUUGCUAAAUUCAAAAUAUUUAAUUUCUUUUAAUAGUAGACUUAAUCAGAUUGCUGUGUUGUGGUUUACUUACAUGUAUUCUAAAAUGAACUAUUACAAUACAGGUUCUGGACUGCUUUACAACAGCAUCUGUUUUAGUUCUUUCUUGGAUCUUCCUCAAAGUUCGCUAUCAGUGUGUCCAUUACUCUGGUGUUGUUAUAUGCUUGGUUGGCAUCAUCUGUUUAGUGAUAGCAGACUAUUAUGGUUCUCGAUAUUACGGAGCAGGUGGGACAGUUUAUAGGGGACAUUUUGUUGACUUUCUUAGAGAAAUUGCAUAUUAAUUUUUGAUGCAAAAAUAAAUAUACAGCUGUUUCAAGAAAGGUUGUUGGAAAAAGUGAACGCGACAAUCCUGAAGGGUAUUGUGGGUGGUUUUGAGCUCACUGUUUUUCAAAGAAAUUUGAAAGAAUGGCUCGAGAGGCCAUGGAAAUAUGUUUGCAAGUGUUAAAGGAAAGCAACAAAAGUAGGUUCGACGACGACAGUGUCAGGAACAGUGUAUCUGUCACAUCCUAUAUUACCUUUCGGGAUUGUUCCAUGUACAUUUUUUUUCUGACAACCUUCUCGAAGUAGCUGUAUAUUUAAUGUGACCUGUCUGCAUGAUUUGUUUAAGAUUUACCGGGAAUCAAAAGAAAAAGUUUCAACAGCUUUAAGUUAUGAGUUCACUUUACUUUUCUCUCUUACCGAGUUAGGGGAUGAUGGUUUAUUAAGGUAGGGCUUUCUUUGGGUGAGGGCUGUCAUGAGUAACAAUUAAGCAGCCAGCCUUUCUCUCCCAUUACUGCAGUACAAUCAGCCAGCUUCUCUAAGUAUGAAAGUGAGUCAACUAUAACAUGUGGGAAGAAUGAUGAUCCGGUACUUUCCCUGAGAGACAAGCUACUUAAAACUCUAAUGACAGUCCUCUCCGUCAUUAUGAAUGAAAACUAGACAAGCACUAAUGUUAUGCUCUAGGAUGAAGUAUGGGCACAUGAUUCUUGUUUAAUGUUUCAUCCGUUAUAUGCAUUUUUAUCACUGUUAACCAACUGCAUUGCUUUGUGGAGGUGAGUGCUUGAAUUUGUGCGGCAGCUCCUACUUUUUGGCAUAGCCAAACCCAAGACAGAGUUGCCCCUAUGGCUGAUAAAUCUGCAACUCCAAGCCAUGAGCCCCCACACCAACAGAACCAGGCACCCAUCACCCAGACUAGAAAGGAAGAAGGGUAAGGGUAAACACAAGAUCCAAAGUCUCCUGGAAACCCAUUAGUGGCCACAAAAUCCUGUACCCUGGUGGGAGCUGUGCCUGCCCCAAAAAUCUGACCUCUCACCAACAACACAAGAUGGCUUUGCUUGAUGUUAAAAUUUAUGUUCAUUUCACUGCAUUAUAUUACCAAGCAUUUGAUUUUUCCUUGAUUUUGCAGGCAAAAAUCAAGUAGUCGGGGACAUCCUGGUCUUGUGUGGUUCUAUAAUGUAUGGAGUUUCCAAUGUUGCUCAAGAGUUUGUUGUCAAGAAUUUUAGCAGAGCAGAAUUCCUUGGAAUGAUUGGUUUCUUUGGGAGCUUUAUCUCGGCCAUUCAAAUGUAUGUUUUUCGCUCUGUUUAUAUCCACUCAUAUGUUCCCUUGUAAUAAGACUUUGCAGAUUGUAAAUGUCCCACAACCUAAUUACAUGUAUUGUAAUCAUAAAUUUCUCUGCAUGUGGUUGUAUCUUGGCAGUAGAUCCAGAAGCCCGAGCUACAUGUAUGUUCAGCUUCUUUACCCCAAUAUAUUUUGUGCCAAAUUUGCCAUGCAUAAAAAAAAACAUGGGAAUCUGAAGUGGACACUUGAGUAUCUUAAACCUAAUGAGUUGUAUAAUGUGGAAUUUAUAGAAAAAGUUCUCACGAUUUUCAUGUCUUACUUGCAAGUGGUUUGGUGUAUGAUGCUGUUAAAACAUGCAAAAUGAAACCUUAGAGUUCAUUUUUUCAGCAGUUUACAUUGUUAUGCACCCAAGUUAUCCUACUCUAUGACCCUACUGUAAUACACAAAGUAAUAUUUGGCACACCUUAAUUUGGUUCACACCUCUAACUAUUUAUGUGCCCAAAAAAAUACAUAAAUUAUUAAAUAAAAUAUUUGGUCCUUUUGCCAUUCUUGUCCUCACUGUAUUGAGGGUUUAAAUUUGACUAUUAAUUUUAACAUCUGAUUCUACAAGGAUUAAUUUAAGUUAGCAUGAAAAUUAAAAAGUUGACCAAAAAGCUAUCGUUUUUUAUCAUAGGAUCAUUCUUGAGAGGAGUCAACUUUUAGCAAUAGAAUGGAACUACAAAAUUGGUUUGUGGAAAUUUGGAAUUUUCUAUUACCGGUAUAUGUUAUUAUUGUAAUAGAAGGUUAUUGCAAUUUGAAUCUAACAUUUCGAUUAUUAUCAUCAUUUUUGCUAUUAUUAUUAUUAUUAUUAUUAUUAUUAUUAAGCAGUACUAUUUAAGUAGUAACUUUUUUUCAGUUUGAAUUAUUAUUUUGAUGCUUUUUAUGAUUGUUAUUAGUAGUCUUUAGAUAGUCAUUUUACGACAAUUCUCUUUCGUACACAAGAAGAAUGUACAUAGGGUAUAUAUUUUAAUAUUUCAUAUUCUUGAAUCUGGAAAUAGUCUAUUUUUUAAAUCUAUGAAUAAAGUUUUGUUUUAUUAUUAUUAUUAAAAAAAAAAUUGUUAUUAUUAUUAUUAUUAUUAUUAAAUGAUUAUAAAUUCUUAAUCUGCUAUAAAUAUGCUUGACUGACCAAGCAUAAAGUCAAGAUGAUUGAAUAUUGGCCCUUUUUUUCAUGGACCAUGACUUUGUCCCUGUCCAAAAAAAAAACAGUCAAGAGAAAGAAUGAUGGCAGUUAAAAACGUUUUGUGUGGAAACAAAGAAAGUAAUCCUGAGUUCAGUUUAGCCAAUCAGAAUACAGUAUUUGCUUCAUUUUGUCUGCUCAUACAGCCAGCCCAUAAUUAUCAUUAUUUCGUUUUCACAUGUAUUGUACAGUAUAUUGAUACUACUCUCUCUUUCGUUUUCAGCAUUAUACAUUGUUGGGUUUGCUAUUUGUCUGUUUCUACUAUACAACCUGAUGCCAAUUGCCAUGCAGUUUAGCAGUGCAACAGUUGUAAACUUGUCAUUACUUACAGCAGACUUUUACAGCUUACUUUGUGGUAUAUUUUUAUUCCAUUAUAAGGUUAGUUUUUUUGCAUGUAAAUUCAGUCUCUUAGUAAGAUUUUACACUGUUAAAGGUAAAAUACUUUUUGUGACAAAAUUAGAAAAGCAAUGGGUAAUACACAGUGCAUAAAAAUAAGAAAAUUGCAGGUAAAAUUAAUCCACUUUCUACCACCCGUAAAGCUUAGUAUGGCUACAUGUAUGGUUGCGGCACAUUUAGAAUGCACCCUUGCAAAAUAGAAAUGUCGAUUUUUAGAGCACAAAGCAAAAGACUGAGGAAGUCACUUAGCUAGCAUUGGCAACAUGUAACACCAUAGACGUGAGUUUAUAAAUUGCGUUAACUUUCUGUCCAAAUGGGCUGUUACUUGCCAACAGUUAAUUUAAGGCUGCAAUCCCAAUUUGUCACUAGCCAAAGAGCUAUUUUUUUGGCGUAAGGUUGAAAAACUGGGCCGGCAUGAGGAACAAGGGAAGAGGAAGUUGUAGCGAGCACACUUUCUUGAGAGAAACCUAAAUCAAAAUUGCCAUGGAGUGAUAUUGUUAUAUUAUAUUAAACUUAAUCUGAGUGACAAUGUAUUUAUCUCGAAAGUGCCAAUUGAGGACACUAUUAGUACGUCUCUAGACUACAAGUAGUCCCCCAUUUUUCCUCGGGGAUGGUAGAGAGAGCGAAACGCGAGCGCGCGUGAAAAUCACCCCACGCGAGAAAAGGCGAGACGCGGCGGGGAGAGAGAAAAAUGAGCCUUUUCUCGCGUGGGGUGAUUUUCACGCGCACUCGCGUUUCGCUCGCUCUACUAUCCCUAAGGAAAAAUGGGGGACUACUCGUAGUAUAGUACGUCUCCUACUGAAGACGAGACCGCCAUAGUCACGUGGUCAUCCGAGUCACGCGAAAGUCUAGCCAUUUGCAGGGAAAAGGCAGUAACUUUAUUUCUCAGUUAUUUUAAGACCCUGAGUAUAGGUCCGGCCCUGGGGAUCGAACCCACGAAUUGCGGUCGUUUCGUCCGAAAGUUGAUUCGCCCGAAGGCGUUCGCGAGGACUGAAGUCGAUUCGCCCGAUGACAUGCAACACUCUACAACAUGGUGAACCCUACUUCUCCGAGAUGUUAUUUUAGUUAACCUUGGAUUCCACAUGUGCAGUCACUGUCUUCCCAUGCUUGUUCCUUUUUCUCAGGCUUUAAGAACGAUAAAUACACAUCGGGUGAAUCGACUUGGUCUGGACGAACCGCCAUUCGGCGAAUCAACCCUCGGGUGAAACGACCCGAUACCGAACUCACGACCUCCCGCAUUGCAGUCCUCCCCUCUACUGACCGACUGUCGCAGUUUAAUGUUCUUAUUGUUAUUUACGUAAAUGUUUCUUUCAGUUCUCUGCUCUCUACCUUGGAUCCCUAACAUUUAUAAUAAUUGGACUGAUUGUGUACAAUCUCAAACCAACGCCCAGGCGCGCUGACCCUCCUGUUACACAGACUUCACUUUCUUACAGACGACUUGAGGAAGACUCUGAGGAAAGCAAUGGUGACUCAUUUUUAUCAUCAUGUCAUGAUCCUGUACCAUCUCUCUGCUGCCAAGAGUUAAGAAAUGUCAGUGAAUAAAUACUGGUUUUUAUAUACAUGCUAAAUGCUUAGGACAUACAUGUAGGGUGAUUUCCAUUCCGCCACACCGACUGGUCAGAAACACUGGAACUAACCAAGAGAACUUUUCGGCUGAUGCAAAGUUUCCAACCGCACUGAAGCGUUCCAUGUACGUUUCGACUGAAAUCUUGAUUACUAAUCGGCGAAAUGGAAACGAAAUUUUUUGAAAUGGAACGGCAAGUUUAGGUCGAACCAUACCGUCCGGUCAGAAGGAUCUCAACUGAAGACGGGCUACUCUUCCCUGGACCAAAGCGUUCUAUUUAUAUUUCGACCGAAAUUAUGUUUCAUUAUCUUAUUGUUAUUGUUUUUUCUUUGUAAUUACUGCAUGUUAUUUUGAGCGUGAAAAAUGUUGACAACUGAACAUUUAGUUUGGAAAUUGGGGGUAUCUGUUACAGGUCAAAAUUAUAUUCAGAAAAUUUUGACUCAAUGGAAUGCACCCGUAGUCUGCGGAGUGGCAAUGCCAUUUUUCACCAUGUGUCCUAUUUUUUGGGACUUCUACACAGUCUUUUUGAUUUCUUAAGCACAAAGAAUUUUGCUUUUGAAACGGAUCCCAGUGCAAAGCCUCUUGUGAAAAUCAGUUUUAUUUACAUGAGAAUGAAAAGUCAUUUUCUUAUCAUCGGCUUCGAAAUUAGCCUCGCUUUGAAACAGAGGCUUGAGAGGCUAUUUGCUUUGGCGUAUAACAAUGCUGCCAGUUUUAGUUGUUAACCAACAUCACUCUUUGAAGAAGGGGUCCUUUCUACCAAGGACAAACCUAAAAAAUUUUUGCAAAGUGUAAUUCAUUUGAUAAAGAAGUUCUCCCAAAGAUAUUUGAUAACAAUGAUUUCGCUAACUCUUGUUGUUGAAGACAUAGAGCAAAACUGACGACAGCAGACUAAACAAAAACUGAUAAGUUUGACAAACAAUACAGCGACAGGCAUAAUUACGAACACGGAUCGAAACGCACGACUUUUUUUAAACUUUAGAGACUUCACUGCCGAUAACAUCCAAUGCGUGCAGGAAAAAGGCUGCCUAGGGGGUUUAAGGAAACAGUCGCGUUGAAUUUA